AUGGUCCUCAUCUUGCCCCCGGCGUGGGCGGCGCUUACAGCACUGGUCUCUCUUGUUGCUGCAGCCCCGCCUAUGCCCGCCGAGCUCCAUGAUCGCGCCACAACCGUUCGGCCGAGCGAUGACCCAUUUUACCAUGUCCCUGAUGGGCUCCAAAAUAUAGCACCUGGUACUAUAUUGAAGCAUCGCCCGCCUCCUGCCAAGAUUGCAGCUUUUGGAUUCGACCCGCUCAAUCUGGACGCGACGUACCAGAUCUUGUAUCGAACCACGGACAGCCUUGGCAACGCAACCGCCACUGUGCUAACGAUGCUGGUGCCCCAUAAUGCGGACAUGACAAAGUUACUCUCUUACCAAGUCGCAGAAGACGCUGCCGAUAUAAAUUGCGCGCCGUCGUAUGCGUUUCAAUUUGAGCACGCCACAGGCCCCGACAAGGGUACCAUGACCACCGAGGCGGAGCUUCUUCUCGUGGAGGGUGCCUUGGAACAAGGCUGGGUUGUCAUUGCGCCGGACUUUCUGGGACCAAGCGCAGCAUUUCUUGCAAACAAGCUCGCUGGCCACUCUGUCCUCGAUGGAAUCAGAGCUGCUAUCAAUUCAGACUCCUUCACUGGUAUCAGCAAGAAUCCCACAGUGACCAUGUGGGGAUACUCUGGUGGCAGCUUGGCUUCAAUGUGGGCUGCAGAGCUGCAACCCUCAUAUGCCCCCGAGCUUGUCAUUGCCGGCGCAGCUGUAGGCGGAACGGUCCCCAACAUCACAUCCGUGGUUUCUUCAAUCAAUGGCAAAGCUCACGCUGGGCUCAUUCCCACUGGUGUCGUGGGACUGAUGCACCAGUAUGCAGAGCUUCGGCCCGUUGUGGAGCAACAUCUUCUUCCACAGUACCGGGAAAAGUUUUACUCUGUCGGCAAUCAGUGUCUCGAUGCUGAUGCUAAGGAGUUCGAGAAUCAGGACAUCAUCGGCAUGUUUGAUGACAGAAAUCUCGUCUAUACAAACCCUACUGCUGUCAGGAUUAUUACUGAGAAUGCUCUGGGGCGCGGCGACACACCAAGAAUUCCCAUGUUUGUCUACAAGUCUGUUGCAGACGAAAUCAGCCCGGUGGCGGAGACUGAUGCAUUGGUGGUCAAAUACUGUGCCAGCGGCGCGUCGAUCCAGUACCAGCGCGACCAGAAGUCAGACCACAGCAGUCUGGCGAUCCUGGCUGCCCCCAAGGCCCUUCAGUGGUUGAAGGAGACAAUGCAUGGGGCCCCUAGAAGCGGAUGUUCUACCAAGACUGUAUUUUCGUCCAUUCUUGACAUUGCUGCUCUCCAAGUUUUGCCCAAGUUUUUGCUGGAUGCACUGCUCGAUUUAUUGGGUAAGCCAGUUGGGCCACUUGUUGCGCAAGUUCGCCUUUUGCUUGAUCUCUGA